AUGGAGCUGCACAGCUUGCAAGAGGCGUUAAAAGUGGAAAUCCAAUGUCAUCAGAACGGUGAUCUUAAGAAACAAAUCCAUGAGAGGCAAUCGAGAAUAGCAGCUCUUAAUGAAAAACAAGCUUUGGGAACCAUUACUGCAGUGCCGAUUAAAGUUCCUCAGGUCAGCUCCUUGCAGAGGUUGGCUGGACAAAGACCAGCAGUGCUACCUCAGGUUAGGCCAAAGACCCUGAUUCCUGAAAGCCUCCCUAUUUCUCCAUGCAGAGACCAACCUUCCAAACAACCGCCUACGUUCCAAAAGGCAACUGUAGUCAGCAUCAAAAACCCUACUCCUGCCCUUCCCACUGCCAAUAAUACUGUUAGCCAUGUACCCAACAGCCAGUCACAAAGUAUUACUGAGUCUACAGCUAUCUCAUCGCCCCUGAGCAGCACCGGUGUGGCCUAUGCCAUCAUUGCCACAUCCCCCAGCAAUGCAACACCUAUCAACUCCAGUGCUGCUGUCUCAGUGGUUAAUGACAGCAUUAAAGUGCAGCCACUUCUCAUCAGUGCUGACAGCAAGGUCAUCAUUAUUCAGCCUAAAGUUCAAACCCAAACAGAAACUAAAGUGGAGAUAAAGAAGCCUCCUGAAGAGUCAGCUCAGGGACCCCCAGCUACCAAAAAGAAAAAGGAGGAAAAUCCUGAGAAAUAUAACAGAAAUAUCCAAUCUGCAUUGGUGAAGUCGUUGCAAUUUAAUCCCAAUGAGGAUCCAUGUUGGAAGAAUGAGAUCAACCAUGAAGAACACUGUUCAGCAUGCAAGCAUGGUGCCAAUUUGCAACCCUGUGGAACAUGUCCCAGAGCCUAUCACCUCAACUGCUUGAACCCUCCCUUGAAAGCCGUCCCCAAAGGGGUCUGGGUAUGCCCAAAGUGCCAAGAAAAGGUGUUAAAGAAAGAUGAAAACGUGCCAUGGGCUGGAACUCUGGCUAUCGUUGAAUCCUAUGUUACUCAUAAAACAGUUAAAGAAGAGGAAAAGAGAAAGUUACUAAAGCAAAGCAGUGAACUGAGGGGAGAAUACAGGCAGCUAGAGGAAAAAGAACAAUUUCUCACUAAUGCAAUGAAGAAGUGCUUAGAGCGGAAAAACAGCUUAUUGGCCCAGCAGAAAGGGAUCCAGUCAUCGCUGGAGCGCCUCAAAACCCUCAUUAGACUGAUACAGAAUGAGCAGAUGAUUCAGGUUACCAUGACAACCACCACCACCUCCUCCCUGCUAACUGUCCCCUGGAUCAAACCGUCUUCUGCCUCAGCUGCUGCUGCCGUACACAAAGCCUUGCAGCCAACACAGGGUAACGACUGA